AUGUUCCGCAAGCUUACCGCCCUCGCGGCCCUGCUGUCUGCAGCCCAGGCACAGUCAGUAUGCACGCUCAAGACUGAGACUCACCCCUCGAUGUCGUGGCAGAAGUGCAGCUCCGGCGGCUCUUGCUCGACCGUCCAGGGUUCCGUCGUCGUCGACGCCAACUGGCGGUGGACCCACAGCACCGAGGGCUCUACCAACUGCUACACCGGCAACAAGUGGGACUCGUCCAUCUGCUCGACCGACAAGGACUGCGCCAGCAAAUGCUGCGUCGACGGUGCCGACUACCAGGCCACGUACGGCAUCCAGACCAGCGGCAAUGCCCUCACCCUCAAGUUUGUCCAGGAGAACAGCAGCGGCAAGAACAUUGGCUCCCGUACCUAUCUCAUGGAGUCGGACACCAAGUAUCAGAUGUUCAACCUGCUGAACAACGAGUUCACCUUUGACGUUGAUGUCUCGAACCUGCCUUGCGGCCUGAACGGUGCUCUGUACUUCGUCGCUAUGGACGCCGAUGGUGGCAUGUCCAAGUACCCAACCAACAAGGCCGGCGCCAAGUACGGUACUGGCUACUGUGAUGCUCAGUGCCCCCGUGACCUCAAGUUCAUCAACGGCGAGGCCAACAUUGAGGGCUGGAAGCCUUCCUCCAACGACGCCAACGCCGGCAUCGGCAACUACGGCUCCUGCUGCGCUGAGAUGGACAUCUGGGAGGCCAACAGCAUGUCGACGGCCUUCACCCCUCACCCUUGCGACACCUCGGCCCAGCACCGGUGCGAGGGCGACACCUGCGGUGGGACGUACGCCAGCGACCGGUACGGCGGCGACUGCGACCCCGACGGAUGCGACUUCAACUCGUACCGCAUGGGCGUCAAGAACUUCUACGGCCCCGGCAUGACCGUCGACACAAAGUCCAAGUUCACCGUCGUGACCCAGUUCCUGACCAACAGCGCCGGCGACCUCUCCGAGAUCAAGCGCUUCUACGUCCAGGGCGGCAAGGUCAUCGCCAACUCCAACAGCGCCAUCUCGGGCGUCUCGGGCAACUCGGUCACGGCCGACUUCUGCACCGCCCAGAAGACGACGUUCGGCGACAAGGACAUCUUUGCCAAGCACGGCGGCCUCAAGCAGAUGGGCGCCGGCAUGAAGCAGGGCAUGGUCCUCGUCAUGUCCCUGUGGGACGACCACUACGCCAACAUGCUGUGGCUCGACUCGACCUACCCCGUCGACUCGACCAGCCCCGGCGCCGCCCGCGGCUCCUGCGCCACCACCUCCGGUGUGCCGGCCGAUAUCGAGGCCAGCAUUCCCAACUCGAGCGUCGUCUUCUCCAACAUCAAGUUCGGCCCGGUCAACUCUACUUACAGCUCCUCGACUGGCGGUGGCGGCAACAACGGCGGUGGAAACAACGGUGGUGGCAAUGGUGGUACAACGACGACGACUUCCAGCGGGCCGGUGGGCACGAAUGUUGCGUCGCACUGGGCUCAGUGCGGUGGCAUCGGCUACAGUGGCCCGACCGCCUGCGCCAGCCCUUACACUUGCACGAAGCAGAACGACUACUACUCUCAGUGCCUGUAA